UGCCUCUUUCGCUUCAUUAUAUUUUUUGUUGUUUACCACUGGAGGCGCUGGUGGUACAUACGUUCACAGAUUUUAGUGAUUGUGACAUCAUAAUACCCCGUGCGCGUUUGUUGCUUCAGGACCUUGAUUCGACCUUCUCAGGACUGUGGGAUUUGUGGUGCAAGGUUUUCGUUGUCUGGAGAUUUGUAGUUCCAAGAAAACCGUACUGCCGUACUUCCCGUACACGUAUUGAUGUACUCUCGUACUGACGUACUCUCGUAUCCACGUAUUGUCGUAAUCACGUACUGUUGUAUUAUCAUACCUAUAACAUCGUACCGACGUAUCUUCAUACACCUGUACUUUCCUGACAAUAAACGACAUCAACUUGUACUGUUGUACGCGUCUUUUGCAUUGGAGUGAUAAAAUCAGUUUACUAAAACAGAUCGACCAUCUAAGAAAUACACCUGGUGUGGGCGCUAAGGGCACUCCAAAUUUGGCGUCUACAUUAGUUUUUUGACAAUUGCAAUACUACAACAAAGUUUUUGAAAAUAUGGCCGAAUCAAAUGACAAUAUCAACGUACCAGAUGCCGAUGAUGAAAUAGUGAACAAAGACAAUAAUAUGUCAGAAAAUAUGUCUGUUACUGGAUCUUCUGAAGCAACUGAAAAUAAUGUAAUUGCUUUGCAGACUAUUCCAACACAAGAUAUAAUUCCUGUUUUGCCUAAUGAAAGUCAAUCAACUUCUAAAGAUUGUCAUAGUGCGUCAAUCAAAGAUCUGUUCCUAAGAAGUCCUGAUGUAGAGUCAGAUGUCCAACCAAGUUCAGAAAAGAACAACCAAGGAGCAUCUGGCCAACUUGCUAAAGAAGGAUCAACAAAUGCGCAUGCUAUGACAACAAGGUCGAAGAUAAAGACUAAUAAAAGCAGGACUUCCAAAAGAAAUAGUCAACAGCAUAGAUCAGUAAUAAGAAGUCUAACAUCACGCAGUGGUACUUUUCGGUCGCAAUCUUCAUUUUCAUCAAGAAUGUCCGAUUUAAGUAAUUCUCAAAUCGAAAAUAUAUUUGAAACAAAAAAGUUGAAUCAACAAAGGCGUACAGAACUGGAGAAACAACAGUUAAAGAAUCGCCUAGAAAAUGAAAAACAAAUAUGGGAAGAUAACAAUCAAGUUGAAAACUUAAAAUUAAACAAAGAGUGGCAAGCGAUUUUACAAAAACAGCAAGCUGAAGAAGAACGCUUGCGUAAACUGAAGGCCGAAGAAGAUGAACGCUUGCGUAAACUGAAGGCCGAAGAAGAAGAACGCUUGCGUAAACUGAAGGCCGAAGAAGAAGAACGCUUGCGUAAACUGAAGGCCGAAGAACAGGAACAACAGCGUAAGCUCAAAGCUGAGGAAGAAGAACAACAACGUAAGAGGAAGGCUGAAUUCGAAGCCUUUCAACAUCGCCGCCAACAAAUAAUGCAAACAAGGAACAUCGAGUUCGCCAAAUUCAACAAGAGGAAGCAGAUGAACCUACAAGAAAUUGAAGAUAAAAACCAACGUGAACAACUGGAACUGGACACUAAUUUAAAUGAAACUUUAGCAGAAAGAGGUGUUGUUAUAAAUACGCCCCCUGUUGCUGCUAGUGUAGAAAUCCAUCAGCAGCUAUCAAAUUCUGCCACACAACAAACUGAAAUAUUAAAUGUAACCAGUCCAUUAUUACCAGCUUUAAGCACACCAUUUUCAACACCAAGUCAAUUUCCUGUUUCUAGAAGUUUUGAUAUGCAAUGUGAGGAACAAUCAAGUGAACGUGUGAACACCUCAGAGCAUGGUGAGUCAGUUUCUUAUUCCUCCUCUGGUUUUGGGUUUUGCCGUCCACAAAGGGUCCCGAGUGCAUGUGUGACUGUUGUUGAAUCUGUGUGUGACAUGGCCCAAAUACCGUUAACAUCUGAAAAUAUGUUUGUGAGUUCUUGCAGUGUGGUGAAUUCUGGUUUGACUUCCUGUGUGCCUGCAUCAUGUGUAUCUGAGCCAAGUUUAAGGGGUUGUGAAAUUCCAAUGUCAUGUGUGGGUGAUAACAGACAAUUGCAGAGCAAUGCAAUUUACACUGGGGCUGGAACGAACCACAGUGAAAUAAUAACGAAAUUUCCAACUUCAUUCAAUACUAUUCCAUUGCAUACGACUAGUUUGGCUGUUAAUAUGAACCCUACAUUACCAACACUAGUAGAUAAUCCUGGCAGAAUUGAAAAUGCAGAGGCAAUGCACUCAGUUAAUAUCGGCUCAAUUCAAAAUCCUAUUGUGGGCAGUCAACCAAGUAAUACAAAUGCACAGAAUAACAAUAUUUCUCAAGCAGCCAACCCUCAAGUUAUAUAUGUGCCUCAAACUUUAGGUUUGCCACCAUCUGAACCCCCUGUAUUUUGUGGUAAUGCAGGUGAAUAUAGAGAUUUCAUUGAUAUUUUUGAAACUGUAAUUGGUAGCAGAUUACAAAAUCCCAAGCACAAACUAGUUUAUCUUCUUCAAUAUACAAAAGGCCCUGCUCGUGCUUUGGUUAAGGGGUGUCAACACAGAACAGAUAGCUAUGAUGAAGCUAUUCGAUUACUUGAAGAAACUUAUGGUCAGAAAUUUCAAAUUGGCGAAUCCUGCAUUAAUUCCAUAGCAAAUGGUCCUCGACUGAAUUUGAGUAAUAAAGAAUCAUUAACUGUGUAUUCAGCAGAAAUCAUGUCAUGCAAAAAUACGUUGAUAGGGGUUGAAUACAAAAAUGUUGCCCUUAUGACCAUAGAAAAAAUAGCUUUAAGAAUGCCGCCUGAAUGGAGAUCUGGGUGGUUAUCAAAGAUGGACAAUGUACUACAAAUAAAGAAAAAAGACCUAACAAUAGAGGAUCUUGCUGAUUACGUCCGUAAGAAAACUAGAGAAGUAUGCAAUGUUCCCUCUAUCGAAUUUAAUACUUCAAAACAAAUUAUUUCCACAAGAGGCUCGAGGCCAUACAAAUCCUCAUUUGCAACUACAGUUCAUAAUAAUAGACCUGUACGCAGAUGUGUAAAAUGUGAUGGAGAUCAUUACUUAAAUCAAUGCGAUGAAUUUCGAGGCAUGACGUAUGAUAAGAGAUUGGAGUUUGUAAAAAAGCAAAAGUUGUGUUUUUCAUGUUUAUUAUCUGGGCAUUGGGUCAGGGAAUGUAAACGAAACAACCCUUGCAAAAAUGCAAACUGCAGAAGAAAACACACAACACUUCUUCAUCCUCCGGAUAAGGAACCAAUAAAAGUCCCUACAUCAAGUAGUCAUGAAAGUACUACACAAACACAUAAUGAUUAUAGGACACAGAUGUCUGAAACCAAAUUUAAUGCAUUCCUAAAUGCCUCUGACGAACAAAAGGUUUUGCUCAAUGUUGUACCUGUUAAGGUACGCAUAGCUGGUAGAAGAAAUGCUGUUAUAACCAAUGCAUUCUUUGACAAUGGAUCGACUUGCUCUUUUAUAAGCAAUUCGCUAAUGAAUAAAUUAAAGGUCAAUGGACCAGUUACAAAUUUGAACAUUCGUACUAUAAAUAAUACUGUGGAACACAAGCAAUGCACUGUUAUAAAGAACCUCGAACUGGCAGAUUUUGAGGAGUCAAAAUAUGUAAGGUUAAAUCCCUUGUUUUCAAACGAUCAAAUUGGUGUUGAUCAAACAGAUAUCCCUACACAAAGUGAUCUUGAUCAAUUUAAAGAAUUUAAUGGUAUUGUGCUACCCAAAGUAGAAUGUGAUGUGGAGCUCUUGAUUGGCAAAGAUAAUCUUGGUUUGCAUAAACCAUUGGAAGUGAUUUAUGGCCCAAACAAUUAUUUUGCAUCGAAGACAAUUGCUGGAUGGAUGGUUAACUGCCCUGCGAAAAAUGGAAAUACCAAAAAUUCUACAUAUUUCACCAAAUCUCAACUAAAUCCUUUGUGCCAAAUGUGUGCAGAUGUUGUUCAUUCUGCAAUUAAUGAAAAAGAUGAGGUUUCACCAAUUCAACAAGUUUUUCUCGACAAAGUUAGUAAGUCAAUUAAGCUCAGAACUGAUGGACACUACGAAAUAGGUUUACCAUUGAAGAAUCCUGAUGUUAAAUUGCACUCAAAUAAAUAUCAAGUUCUGCAGCGAGCGAAAUCAUUAAAGCGUCGUCUUCACAAGGAACCGGAAUUUUAUGCCGAAUACAAGGAUUUUGUUGCAAAUAUGAUAACAAUGGGGUAUGCUGAAGAAGUUCUGAAUACCAAUGAAGAAGAAGGAAGGACUUGGUACCUCAGCCAUCAUGGAGUUCGUCAUCCAGAGAAGAAAACGUUAAGGGUUGUAUUUGACUGCUCAGCAAAAUCAGAAGGAAUUUCAUUUAAUGACAUCCUGUUACAGGGGCCGGAUUUAACAAAUAAUUUAGUUGGAGUCUUGUCACGCUUUCGCAAAAAUAUUGUAGCUGUUCAAGGGGAUAUACGGUCCAUGUUUCAUCAGGUAAAGGUGAAAGAAUGUGAUAGAAAUUUCCUCCGUUUCUUCUGGUGGGAAAAUGGUGACAUCACUUUACCCAUGAAAAUUUAUAGAAUGUCGGUUUUUCUCUUUGGAACUGUGUGCUCUCCAAGUUGUUGCAACUUCGCUUUGAGACAAACUGCAAUAGAUAACAAAAAUGAUUUUGAACAAAGUGUGAUUGAUGCAAUUAAUGAUUCAUUUUAUGUUGAUGAUUUUUGUGAUUCCAAACCGGAUGCUGCUAGUGCCCUCCAACAUAUAAAGAGUGUAACUGAAAUUGCUGCUAAAGGCGGUUUUGAAGUGACAAAAUGGGUGAGCAAUGACCGUGAAGUAUUGGCCUCAAUUCCAGAAGCUCACCGAUCGAAGGAAGCAACGCGUUUGGAUAUCUCUAUAGAUGAAUUGCCUGUUGAGCGAGCUCUUGGCAUGAUAUGGAACGCAAAUGAAGAUACAUUAAGUUUCAGUACUAAAUACACUGAACGACCAGCUACCAGACGGGGUAUGCUGGGUGUUGUGAACUCAAUAUUUGACCCUCUUGGCAUUGGCCAGCCGGUCAUUCAACCUAUGAAGGUCCUUAUGCAAGGAUUGUGCAGGAAGAAGCUGGAAUGGGACGAUUCAAUUCCUACAGAGUGUGAACAGGAAUGGCUAAAGUGGAUAUCAGAAUUAUCCAAAUUGAAAGAUUUCACUAUUCCGAGAUGUUUUUUACCUGCUAAUUUCGGUGAAACCACAGAAAUACAAAUUCAUCACUUUUCAGAUGCAUCCGAAAAGUCUUAUGGUGCUGUUUCAUAUAUACGUUUAAAGAAUUUUUCUGGACAAAUUCAUUGCUCAAUUUUGUGUGGUAAAAGUCGUUUGAUACCUCUCAAAGGCUCAACGAUUCCCAGGUUGGAGUUAUGUGCAGCAACAAUAUCUGCACGAAAUGAAAAAUUCUUUCGUAAAGAACUCAAGCUCCCAAUUGAUGCAUCGAUAUUUUGGACGGAUAGCACCACCGUAUUACGAUAUUUGGCAAAUACUGAUAAAGUUCUAAAAACUUUUGUUGCAAACAGGGUGAAUGUUAUCAAAGAAGUUUCUGAUGUGAAUCAAUGGUACUAUGUGCCUUCCAAAUUAAACCCUGCAGAUGUUGCAUCUAGGGGCAUGUCUGCUGAUGAAUUUUUGAACUACCCACAAUGGAAAUUUGGACCAGAAUUUUUAUGGAAAAAUCAGGAAGAAUGGCCUAAACAACCAGAUUUCCUGCAUUCAAUGAAUGAUAAGGAUUUGGAAUUUAAAAAGCAGAGUCCACAUUCACAGAUGUGUUUUGCUCUAAAUACAUAUAUACCUACUGUAUUAGACCAAGUUACUACUAAAUAUUCAAAUUGGUUCAAAAUGAAGAAGAUUGUAGCAUGGGUUUUACGUUACAAGCGAGCACUGCUUUCCAAGGUCAGAGAGGAUGUUUCUUGCAAUUUGGGGAGUGGAAAUAAUAAAUUUUUAUCUGUGGAUGAAGUGAACUUGGCAGAAUUGGAAAUAAUCAAAAAUGAACAAUUCAAAUAUUAUUCAAAGGAAAUUAAUGUAUUGGCCAAAGGUGAACAAUUGCCAAAAUCAAGUCCAUUGUGUAAAUUGCAGCCUAUUAUGAAAGAAGGUCUUCUCCGUGUUGGUGGAAGAAUUGGAGCAUCGAGUCUUCAAUAUGACGCAAAACAUCCUAUAAUAAUUCCAAACAAGAGUUCUAUUGCUAAUUUGAUUAUUGAACAUACUCAUCAAGUUACAGGCCAUAGUGGAAGAGAAUAUGUAAUUGCUGAAUUACAUCAAAAGUUCUGGAUUAUAAAAGCAAAUGCAAUGACACGAAAGAUUCUCAACAACUGUAUAUCUUGUCGCAAGAGACAGCGGGCACCUGAAUCUCAAUUGAUGGCCGACCUCCCAGAAGACCGAUUAAUACCAGACAAGCCACCUUUCUCUUUUGUCGCUCUUGACUGUUUCGGUCCAUUUCUUGUUCGUCAAGGACGAAGCGAAGUAAAAAGAUAUGGUGUUAUUUUCACUUGCCUAGUGACUCGUGCAGUGCAUGUUGAAAUUGCACAUAGCCUAGAUACAAGUGCCUUUAUAAUGUCUCUUAGAAGAUUCAUUUCAAGAAGAGGACAAGUAGUUGAAAUAAGAUCAGAUAAUGGAACAAAUUUUGUCUCUGGAGAACAAGAAUUGAGAAAUUCUAUCAAGACUUGGAAUCAGAAUCAAAUACAUAGGUUUUUGCUGCAAAAGAACAUCAAGUGGCUGUUUCAAACUCCAGCGGCUUCUCACCAUGGUGGAGUUUUUGAGAGACAAAUCAGAACAAUUAGAAAAAUUUUCAACGCUAUUGCAGAGAACAAAAUUAACUGA